AUGGCUACGGCCGUCGGAUUUACUCUUCCCAAUCCAAGCUGUGAUUCUGAGACGGAAAAGUUCAUCCUACUUCUCAAACAACUGCAUUCAUUUGGUCGCUCAGAGGCAAAAGCUGCGGUAUUUGGGUCUACUCUGAAUUCCAAGCAGCAAAUAUCUGGACCUGAGCAGCUGUCUACAUGGCCAUCUCAGGACGCUACGAAUGGCGAACCAUGGACCAUUGCCCCAAUGGACAAUCCUAUCUACCUUACUGGUGGUGGUCUCGAUGAAUUAGCUAAUCAUGUCAACAAAUUGGAUUCAUUUCUUAUGAAUUUGGCAGUUUCACCAAGAGUGCAGACUAGUCUUAGCUCUGCUCACGAAUUUCCUCAAUUAUUCGAACCUUCUAUGUUCAAGUCAGCUAUUAUGGACUCUUGCGAGCACACUCCUUUGCUUAGCAAAAUUAAAAGAAUAAAUUCUAAGACUACAGAGGAAAGGGACUCUUUAAAGAAAACGAGUCUAGCACAGUUAAAGAAAAAAAUUAGGAAAAGAAAGAAUAAGACUGCAAAUAAGCUCAAAUUACUCUCGUCUCAGAACACUUGA